CAUAAUCCACUUAUUUUUGCAACAACAAAGUCUCUAACGGUUCUAAUAAUCAAAAAUAAAAUAUUUGUGGUUUUUUUCGAAUCAUGAUAAUCAAUCCAAACACGAGUACCCACGAUUGGAAUUUUUUCUUCAUUCUUUUGUUUUUAAAUUAGGUUAAUAUCUAUUUCAUGUGUAUUUAUACAAUAGAAUUCGAAAUUAUCUUUGAUUAUUUUAUUAAAAUUUAAUCCAAUAAAUUGUUAAUUAUAUACGCAAUAUACGUUUAUAUCGAAAAUAUUUAACGUUUCAUUAUAAUCAAUGACAUGGAUGAUUUUAGCUUUUACUUAAAAUUUACGAAAUCCAUGAUUUUUAACCUGCCAAAUCUUAAAGAUCGUGCAAUGGCUGCUUUAUGGUUAAAUAAAUUGACUGAAAUAAAUGAAAGUACUCCGAAGGACAAUCUUCAUGUUGAAUAUUUGAAAUUAUUGUUAUUCGCAUUACAAAAAAACAAUCUUACAGGUAUUUUUGCAGAAUAUCCACCUGAAAAUUCACUUCCGCAACAUCCAGGGAUGAACACGGCAAUGGAUAUGAUAAAAUUAGUAAUUCCAACGAAAAAAUUGUCUUCCUUUCCUUCAAUUUAUACUGUAAUAGGAGAUGGCAUGUCUGAAUUAGCUGCAAUUCAGGAAAUACCGAAUUUUGGAUUGCACGGUUACUAUGCUAUAUCUAGUGAAGCUUUACCAUUGUGGACACAGAAUAAAGCUGGACAAUUAAAAAGCAAUGAGAAUAUAAAAAAAAUAUCUCGAUUUAAAGAUUCUCUUGAUUAUAAAAUGCUUAAAGAAUUUAAUUUACAACAAACUGCAUCACGAAAUGAUGACCCAAUGAAACGACCUAUAAUCUUUAAUGAAAUGGAUACAGAAGAAGAAAGCGAAAGAAAGGAAAUUUCAACAAAUGAAACAAGGCCAUGUUGGGGAACAAAUCGUUAUUUUGAAAAACUUUUAGAUCAAUCUCCUCAUAUUGCUACAGAUCUUGAACUAACAACAGCAGAUACAUUAUUGCAUAUACUUAAAGACAAAAAAUUAGAUAAGAAAGAAAUACAAGAUGAUUCUUGUAAUUUAUCUAUGAAAAAAAGACAAUUCGAAAAGAUGUCCAAUUUGACACCUUCUACAUGUGAAUCAGGAUGUGAUGGAAUACAAUAUCAAAGUGAUAGUGAAGAACAAUUGCAAUACUUAAAACCAAAUUUUGGAAACGAUGGCAAAAAUUAUUGCAGAGGAAAUAAUAUUCCAAGACAUAAAUAUAGAAAUAAAUGGAAAAAUGCCAGGGCCCAUGAAUCUUCCAUUUCUUCAAAGAGCUGUUUCUUAAAUCCAAAUUAUUGUUCCCGAUUGUAACAUGGACUUUUAUUUGAUCAGAUUUAUAACAGAUCUUUAUGAGACUUUUUUAUGUUAUAAUCAAUUGAUCAAUUAUACAAAAUAUAGAAACAAAGAAAAUAAA